ACGACCAUUAUUUGCCUCGUCAUCAGUAGCAGUACUCACCCUUGGGCAACGACAAGAAGACACCAUCAGCUCGCCCCAGCUCUUCGCUCUCUCGCUCUCACUUACUCACACAGCGCACGUACACGCUGGUGACAACAACCUUCUGACCCUGCAGCGCGAUGAGGGCAUUUGAUCCUGUACGAGAUGCCGUGUUGAAUUCCCCAGUCACCCCGUCGCAAGGGCUUCCCUACGCACAUGCUUCCGGAGAAAACCAUACACACCUUGACGGACAUAGCGACCGGCUAGGAGCAUCUGACUUCCCUUCUCCGUCCAUCUCUCGGCCUUCCUCCUCUCGCACAACUUCAAGCCCCUCACUACAACGACGGGCUACUGACAUAUCAGUCCUCCUCAACUCAGACUCACACGAACCCAAGACGCCACAGAUGAAUAGAUCAUCUAGCUUGUCCCGUUUGCUGCGUGAUAAUAACGAUGAAGAUGGGAAACUGGCUGCCGCCCCGGCAAUCCAGCGCAAAAUGCCACCUGCACUCGAUAUCCCCCAUGAUGAUUCUCAUUUUCCAAGACAGCCCGUCUCUGGGCCCUCUCGGCCUGCCCCAUCACCUAUGAAGUCCCAGCUCACGGCUUCUCCAGACCAGACCGCGCCCCGUGCACACCCAGCCACGCCUGUAUCGCGUUCACCAGUCACCAUCACCACGCCAAGGCCUCUCUCUUCUUCUUCCUCAAAUCCUUCUUCAGCAACUUUGGCAACCACCCGCAACACAUCUCCAGUCAUGCCUCCACCUCCCUCGGUGCCCACAAUACCCUAUAAUCCACGACGAGUCACUCCUGCAGCGUCUGUUCUUGUUCCCAUGACGCCCCGAGAAAUGGAAAUGUAUAAGAGCUAUCGGGGAGUAGGGAGUCAGCGCUUGCUCGGUAAACGGAAGAGAGAGCGUAGCAGCGAGGCUGAAGAGGUGAUAGGUCGACCCACCAAGCGCCACGCAGGCGAUGUAGAACUCGUCGUGGGACACUACAACGCCCGACCAGAAGUGGGUGUGAAGCAGCGACUGGAUUCACCGAUUAUUGGAUUAAAGGCAUUCAACAAUUGGGUGAAGUCUGUGCUUAUCACCCGCUUUGCUCAUCCAGCGCUGGCCGCAAGUCGUACCAAAGGUCCACGGGGUAACUCCGGAAAGGUUUUAGAUAUGGGUUGCGGCAAGGGUGGUGAUCUCACUAAAUGGGCAAAGGCACGAAUACGGGAGUAUAUAGGGGUCGAUAUCGCCGAGGUAUCUGUCCAGCAUGCACGGCAUCGCUGGGAAACCUUGCGAAGCCGGCCGUUCGAUGCCUCUUUUGCUGCCCUUGACUGCUACGAGGAGCCGCUGUCAACAGCAUUUCCUCCGGAACAGCUAACAACGCCUUUCGAUGUUAUUUCCAUGCAGUUUUGUAUGCAUUACGCGUUUGAAACUUCUCAGAAAGCGCGGCGUAUGCUCGACAAUGUCAGCCGAUGGCUGAGGCCUGGUGGAAUAUUUCUUGGAACAAUACCAAACGCUGAUCAGUUACUAGAGCAACUGGACUCUCUACCACCAAACGCUGAAGAUCUGUCGUUUGGCAACGACGUCUAUAAAAUCCGCUUUGAAGACCGACACUCGCGACCAUUAUUUGGCCAUCGCUAUCACUUCUACUUGAAGGAUGCUGUUGACGACGUUCCUGAAUACAUAGUGCAGUGGGACAAUUUCGUACAGAUGGCGCUAGAAUAUGGGCUAUCCGUCGUAUACAAGGAGGAGUUCCAUGGCGUGUUCGAGGAGCACCAGGACGACCCGGAAUUCGGACCACUGAUGGUGCGCAUGAAAGUGGUUGACUCCAAUGGUGAAAGUGCGAUGGAUGAAAACCAGUGGGAAGCUGCUAACAUCUACAUCGCCUUUGCACUCAAGAAAAUGGGCUAAACCCAAGCUUAGCAAAGUGAUAUCCG